UCUGGCAAUUUCAAUUGCCUACUUGACAGUUAUGGCUAAUUAUAUUAUUUUUCUCUCCUGAAUUACUAUUUAAAAACAUGUUCCAGUUAAUGUAUAUUAUUGCCAGUUUACAUGUAUUACUAUGUCCAUUUACAAAAGUAGAAGAAAGCUUUAAUAUUCAGGCUUUUCAUGAUUUAUUGUAUCAUAGACAUAACCUCUCUCAGUAUGAUCAUAAUGAGUUUCCCGGUGUAGUACCUCGUACUUUCGUUGGACCUGUAGCAAUUUCAGCUUUAUCAGCACCUAUUGCGGGUAUUUUACAUGUCGCCGGAAUAAGCAAGUUUUGGGUACAAUAUGCUGUGCGUCUCACUUUAGCUCUGACGGUAAUAGCAACAUGGACCCGAUUUCGGAAUGCUCUACAGAAGCAGUUUGGAAACACAUUUACAUGGUGGUUUACUGUGAUCACUGUAACUCAGUACCACUUCAUGUUCUAUAUGAGCCGUCCAUUACCUAAUAUAAUGGUAUUACCCCUUGUACUUCUCGCUUUUGAAGGAUGGCUAUUAGGUAAACACAAGCAGUUCCUGGUGUCAGCUGGUGCAUCCAUUAUUCUAUUUCGAUCUGAGCUAGCCAUGUUGUUUGGUCUGUUUCUUAUCAUAGACUUAUUCUUUAAAAAGAUCCGUAUAAAUAUGUUGUUAAAGAUAGUCAUACCAGCUGGAAUAGGAUUGGUAGCUCUAACAGUGAUAGUUGAUUCCAUAUUUUGGAGACGACUUUUAUGGCCAGAGGCAGAAGUGUUCUGGUACAAUACUGUCCAGAACAAAAGUGCUGAUUGGGGUACUUCUCCAUUCCUUUGGUACUUCUACUCAGCUCUGCCUCGUGGUCUUGGACCUAGCCUUGUCUUGAUUCCCUUCGGCCUUUAUUUAGAGCGGCGUUUAAUACCGUUAGCUGCUCCUGCAUUUGUUUACAUAUUACUGUAUUCAUUCUUACCACAUAAGGAACUUAGGUUUAUAAUUUAUGUUUUCCCUCUACUUAAUAUGGCGUCGGCAGCAGCCUGUUCAUAUGUAUAUAUUAGACGUAUGAAAGCACCCAUUUACGAGUUGCUAUUUUGGGGAACAAUUGUUAUCAUAAUUGGUAACGUCCUAAUGUCACUGGCAUUUACUUUGGUUGCAAUGUCAAAUUAUCCUGGUGGUGUAGCUAUAACCAGAUUUCACAAAAUUAUGAAAAAUGAACCUUUCGUACACCUGCAUAUCAGCAACUUAGCCGCUCAAACUGGCGUUACGCGAUUCACUCAAAUUAAUGACAACUGGUUGUAUAGCAAAAACGAAUCAUUACAGCCACAUCAGUUGCAUGAAUACACUCAUCUUCUUGUGGAGGCUAAAAGCAAAUAUUCACCAAACCUCAAAAGUUUUGCGAACACUCAUGUUAUUUUAGAUAGUAUUGAAACAUUUUCUCACGUGGCUAUGAAUUACAAAUUAAUACCGCCAGUAAAAAUUAAAACAAAGCCAGCAUUGUUUAUACUUGAGAGAAAAGACUUCCGUGAGUAUCCUCGAGGACACGAUAUUGAGAAAAUUAAAACUAUUUUAGUGAAAGAAAAGGAUAGUGAAUUAAAUUCCAUCGUAGAUGAAGAAGAAACAGUUAACUUAGACAACUUGGAUAUAGAAAAUGAAAUAUUAGAGGAAGAGAGUACGAGAGAGAUUCAAGAUGCGUUAGAUACAGAAGGUGAUGUAAAUAUAAAUAAAGACAUAAUAGAGGAAACGAUAGGCGAACAGAACACUGCCGUUGUUGAAGAAAAUACUAUAUCAGAAAAAAGUGAUACAGUACCUGAACUCGAAACGAAAGUUCCUAAAGCGAAAAAAGCGAUUGAUGAAUUAAAAACAUUGAGACAAGAAAGAAAAAAGAAAGCUAUUGCGAAAAUCAAAUCUGAAACACGUAGAGAAGUGGUAGCGUCAGCUAAAGAGAAACUACGAGAUAUAAUGAAACGACAUAAACAUAUUGCUAAUGAACUAUCUGGAAAAACUAUAACCGACAAUAACGAGCAAAUCGUCGGAGAAGAUGGCAGAGGUGAUAUUCCUGAAUUAGUUGUCAAUGUGGAAACAGAAAAUAUUCCAACAGUAGCUGAGGAUAGUGCUAAUAAUGAAGGUAAACUAGAACAACCAGAGUCACUUGAUGACAUUAUUCAAUCUAGUGAUACAGCACAAACAAAUGAAAAUAUUGACACUAUUGUUGAAGAAGUUAUAAUUAGGUUAAUAGACAGAAAAAUUUAUGAUGAUAAAACUAAACCUGAGGACAUAAAAGCUGAAGAUAGACUGAUUAUUCAAAAAAUUGUAGAGGAAGUAAUUUCAGAAAGAAUGAAUUACUCUAAUGUCGAUAAUAAAUAAUUAUAUAUAAACAAUGUAUUUAUGUGAUCUGUCAUCCAUGUGCCAAUUGUUGUGUUCUGUUGUAAAUGUGCCUUUAAAUGGAUUUAAAAUCAAUCAUAAAAAGAAUGUAGAAAUCAA